GAGCUGGUUAGUGGGAAGGACAAACCAGGAGGAAGGCGAAGUGAGCUGCAUUUCUGUGCACUGCAGGAUGGCGUCACCUCUGCCCUGGCUGUUCAUUAUUUUAUGGGUAGAAAAUGCCCUCGGGAAACUUGAAGAUGAAGGAACCAUCUACUCAAAGAACAUCAGCCGGAUCCUGGACAACUUGCUUGAAGGCUACGACAAUCGGCUGCGGCCAGGAUUUGGAGGUGCUGUCACUGAAGUCAAAACAGACAUUUACGUGACCAGUUUUGGACCCGUGUCAGAUGUGGAGAUGGAGUACACCAUGGAUGUUUUCUUCCGCCAGACGUGGACUGAUGAGAGGUUGAAGUUUGGGGGGCCCACUGAGAUAUUGAGUUUGAAUAACUUGAUGGUCAGUAAAAUCUGGACACCUGACACUUUCUUCAGAAAUGGCAAAAAAUCCAUCGCCCACAAUAUGACCACUCCGAAUAAACUCUUCAGAAUAAUGCAGAAUGGAACCAUUCUAUACACCAUGAGGCUUACCAUCAAUGCUGACUGUCCCAUGAGGCUGGUUAACUUUCCUAUGGAUGGACAUGCUUGCCCACUCAAGUUUGGGAGUUAUGCCUACCCCAAAAGUGAAAUCAUAUACACAUGGAAAAAAGGACCACUUUAUUCAGUUGAAGUCCCAGAAGAAUCCUCAAGCCUCCUCCAGUAUGAUCUGAUUGGACAGACAGUAUCUAGUGAGACGAUUAAAUCUAACACAGGUGAAUACGCAAUAAUGACAGUUUAUUUCCAUUUGCAAAGGAAGAUGGGCUACUUCAUGAUACAGAUAUAUACACCUUGCAUUAUGACCGUCAUUCUUUCCCAGGUGUCUUUCUGGAUUAAUAAGGAGUCUGUCCCUGCCAGAACUGUCUUUGGGAUCACCACUGUUCUGACCAUGACCACGCUGAGCAUCAGCGCCCGGCACUCCUUCCCCAAGGUGUCCUACGCCACCGCCAUGGACUGGUUCAUCGCCGUGUGCUUUGCUUUCGUCUUCUCCGCUCUGAUCGAGUUCGCAGCUGUCAACUACUUCACCAACCUGCAGACACAGAAGGCCAACAGGAGCGCUCCGAGCGCAGCCUCGCCCCCCGUGACCAUAUCAAAAGCGACGGAACCCCUGGAAGCUGGGAUUGUCUUGCACCCCGAUUCCAAGUACCACCUGAAGAAGAGAAUCACCUCCCUGACCUUGCCCAUAGUUCCAGCCCCAGAAGCCAGCAAAGUUCUCAUGAGAGCGCCCCUCUCCCCGUCCACACCGGCGACACCCGCCACACCGCCACCGCUCUCUCCGGCCUUCGGAGGCACCAGCAAAAUAGAUCAGUAUUCUCGGAUUCUCUUCCCAGUCGCAUUUGCAGGAUUCAACCUUGUAUACUGGAUCGUUUAUCUUUCCAAAGACACAAUGGAAGUGAGCAGCAGCAUUGAGUAGCUCGCACAAAAGACCCCCUGAGUUAAAUAAGUUCUCGUUUUCUGAAUUAAAAACGAAACAGCAUUGAGACUUGUGUUAGGUGCUUUUCCGAACACAAGAUCAAAAUUGGAAAUCUACCACAUAGCUGUCGGUAAGCAUAUAUGAAGCAAAAGCAAUACUACUACUCCUCAAAAUUGGAAGUUGAGG